AUGUCGACUUCAACAACAUGUUCAUCAUCAUCAUCAUCCGAACAACCCGAACCGGAGUCUGAACACACUCCCAGUACCAUUACCACUUGCACCAUUGUCAGCAACAUUGAUCCCGAGCCACCCGUAUACGAUGACCCGUGCCAUCCGUGGUCGUCGUCUCACAUCCAAUCUGGGAUACAAAGCGAUGAGGAUGAAGAUGAAGAACAUCUACCACCUUAUGAAUGCACCGUGUCACGAGCAGGACAAGUGCAUGUCAAACGUGAACGAGAAGAUGAGAACACGUUAUCCAAAAAGCGAUCAUGGAGAAACCUCUAUGUUGUUGUAUGGGGAACAUCGAUACGUGCUUAUAAGAAGCAACCCACCAAUCCUGAAACUGAAAGACCUGUAUGGAGCUUUUCAAUGCAACAUGCUGAAGCUGGAAUGGCUACCGAUUAUCGUAAAUAUCCAGAUGUUGUGCGUGUACGCAUUCGACACGGCCCUCAAUUCCUUAUUCGAUGCAGCACAUACAUGAGUGCGGUCUUGUGGAUCGACGCUAUCCAAGCAUCUGCAAAUGUAUGCGAGGAUCUUGACACACGAUGCAUGCCUGAAUUCUCAUUUGGUAGACGUUUAAGGCGAUCCAGACCGCAUCGUCGAUCACCUACUAAUACCCCCACAUCUCGUUAA